ACGCGACGUCUACUGUUCCACGCUCCCAACACCGAGCAGACCAGGAGCUGGGCUAGCUUUCUGUGUCAACCUUUCCGAUGCUCAGCGUGAGAGGGCCACAGAAGGGAAUCAUCUAGACAGGACAGAUGCUGUAUAGAAAAAGUGAUGAUUGAACCAAAUGAAGGAAUGUCAGAGAAGGAAGUCUCUUCAAAAAAUAUUGAAAAUAAAAUCUCUUCAAAUACUAAAAAUAGAAUAUCUUCAAAGAGUAUUUCAAACAAAGAAAUAGAAACAAAUCUACAAUCUAAGCUAUGGUCAUCUUUCUUCUUAAAAGAAAGCACAGGUGAAAUGAGCAAAAAUGUACUCAUUGCAGAGCAGGAGAAAAAUAAUGAACAUUGCCCUGAGGAUAUCGAUGAUAAGUUGUCUGAAUCAACAGAUGAUGAUGGUGAGGAUACCAGUGAUGAAGAUAAGGAGGAAGACAGCAACCCUAAUAAGGAUACUCAUGCCCCAUUAGAGUUAAUGACAGAAUUCCUGAGAGCAGAAAUGGGCCAUGACUACCAUCUGGCAAAAAAAUUAUGUCAGAUGAUCCUAAUCUAUGAACCAGAAAAUCCUGAGGCCAAGGAGUUUUUCUCACUGAUUGAAGAAAUGCUGCUGCUGGAGAAAGCACAAAAUCUUGAGGAAGAUGAUGACGAGAGUGAAGACGACAAUAGUGAGAGUGAAGGAGGGAGCACUGAGGAUCCAAGUGAAGAAAGCUCUGAUGAGUGUGAAGAUGGGUGACGAUAGUUGCUGCUAUAGUUUAAUCUUCAUGUAUGUUCAUUACUGUAUACUGUGGAAAUAUAAAGAAGAGAGCUGCAUUUCA